AUGUCAACAGAUCAAUAAAUUGUCUGUCUGCUAUUGCUUGCCUUGCCAGUUAAUUAUCGAGAAAGCUCUGAACUGAACAAUCGUCAGUGUACUUCGUAAUUUAGAGAAUAUCAUCAAAUAUAAAGUGUUCUGCGCAUUAGUCUGGAUCGUUGUGUGAUUUGGAAAUAAAGUUUUUUCAUUAAAUAGUGACUUGAAGCUAUUUGUCAAAGCGCCCUCUAUAAAUUUUGCUUUGCAUUGCACAUAAACUGAGCACACAAGAUUUUCUGACCUCCGUCAAUAAAUUCGAGUGAAAUACCAAAAUUUACAUUUGCUCAACAUGACUCCCAAUAUCCAAACCUUCAUAAAUAGCUUUCAGAAUCGACUGGAACCUCCAGUUCGUCAACAUCUCAAAAAUGUUUAUGGCACACUUAUGAUGACUUGUGGGGCUGCCACUGCUGGAGUGUAUGUGGACAUGUUCACAAGAUUCCAAGCUGGAUUCCUAUCUGCCAUUAUCGGAGCAGGACUCAUGCUGAUGCUGAUUGCCACACCAGAUAAUGGAAAGAACACAAGUCUGCGCCUUGGUUAUCUCUUAGGAUUUGGUUUGACUUCUGGCAUGAGUAUGGGCCCACUACUGGAAUAUGUCAGUGUUGUAGAUCCAUCCAUAAUUGUAACAGCAUUGAUGGGAACCACGCUGGUAUUUGUAUGCUUCUCCAUUGCGGCCAUGCUUGCAGAGCGCGGAAGCUGGCUUUUCUUGGGUGGAACCUUGAUGACAUUGCUCACAUCUAUGUCCCUGAUGACCCUAGUGAAUCUCUUCAUGCAAUCCCAUUUCCUUUAUCAAGCUCACCUUUAUCUUGGCCUUAUGCUCAUGUGCGGGUUUGUUCUCUUUGACACUCAACUCAUCAUCGAGAAACGUCGCAUGGGUAGCAAGGAUUUUGUACAGCAUGCUCUUGAGCUUUUCAUAGACUUCAUUGGAAUGUUCAGGAGACUUGUCAUUAUCCUAACCCAGAAGGAGGAACAAGAUCGUCGCCGCAAACGUGAUUAAAUUGCAUAAAUGUAUUUACUAUUCAUUGUAUAAUUAAAGGAAAACAAAGGUAUUUUAGCUACAAAAUCCAAAUUACACCACAGAAAGUAAAUGGUAAAUUAUUGUUUAAUACUGAUAUUAAGUUUGGGAAAUUGUAUGUUUAUUUAAUAAAGUGGAACUGAAGAACACAA